GUCUCCCGUGAAGACCAGUUGCUGUGUUGUGAGGAGGCUGAGGUGGCGCGCUCACUAGUCACUCCAUUACUUCAUGAAAAUACGGGAAUGAUAGUGUCCAACAGUGAUCAUACAGUGUGUUAGCAAUAUAAGAUAAGUGUAUCUGUUUAUAACGAAGGUAAAAUAUAAUGGUACCAGAAAAUAGCUGUUCCGUUUAUUUACUAAUGACGGCAUGAGUGAUCUGCUUGUUGAGUUCAUCCUUCUGACAUAAGCAGUGCUGGUUGUUAAUGUUGUGAUUGGUUAUCUCAUGCUGGUCAGGGUGUGCUGUGACUGUCAUGCUACGACCCACAUAACACCAUUAUAAAAAUCAAUGGGUCUGAACCAAAGCAAACGGAAGAUAACUGGGAGGUGUAGACGAGGCUGAGAGUGGUGUGUGGGGGUCGCCUCUUAGUAGUGAUGAAAAAGUGAUAUCAGUUAGGACCUCGACCAUGGCAACCUACUGCCCAGAAGACCUGGCCUCCAGGGAACUCUGCUGUCCCAUCUGUUUCGAGGAUUACGACAUUCAGGACACGAGAAGGACGCCCAAGUUACUGCUAUGCCUCCACACCUUUUGCUUCGAGUGUGCCAGAAAACUGUGGAAGUGGGACGGGUCGCUCGAGUGCUCCCUGUGUCGGAUGUUACACGAGCAGGUCACACUUGAUGACCUCCUCGACAACCACGUGAUUGUACAGCAUCUCAGGCGUGAGUUUGAGGAGCGAGACCUUGAGUUCGCGAGAAGAAUCGAUCAGGAAAUGCGGGACCAGGACAGAACUCUGACACGUUCAGCGGCCGAAGAUGCGAGUCGGGCACUGGAAGAUAGUGACGUGGUGGUGAUCACCGACUCCGACCAGGACCUACUGGAGACGACCCAGGACCCGGUGGAGACGACCCAGGACCCGGUGGAGACGACCCAGGACCCGGUGGAGACGACCCAGGACCCGGUGAAUGCCUCCCACGACCGGGUGAACACAAGUGCUGGCCUGGUGGGUAUGUUCCAUAAUAUGGUGGAGGUUGGGGAUGAGGAGGACGAGGAAGAGGAAGGUGAAGAGGAAGAGCAGGAAGAAAGGAAUUUUAUACUGUCCAACUUCUUUGGGGAGUUAAUGGAAGGCAUCAGCCAGAUGACGGAGGUAACUGAGGAUGACAAUGAUGACUAUGAUGAUGUUGAUGGUGACAGUGAUGAAGAGUCUGAGGUGAUCCCAGUGGUGGAGGAUCAUGAGGAGGACGAAGAGAGCAACGGUUACCACGAUGAGGAGGAUGAGAACACAAACCCGUUCUUCUCCUUCAACAACAUCCACUCCCUGCUGGGUGAUGCAUACAGCGACGAGCCCAUCCACACCAUCCUGAACAUGAACGACAACGAGGACGACGAUGCAGACGAGGGCGAGGACGAGGAAGAGGAGGACGAACGGUGGCACAGCGCGAGUGACGACAUAAUCAACGACUGCUGGGCCAACCAUGAGGGUCUGCCCAUAGACGACGACAUCAACGAAAUGGAAGACGACGCACCGGACAUAUUCGACUGGCACAUCAUCACUUCAGAAAGCCUCAUGGAUGACUAAAACCACCACACUCAUACAUACACAAGACAGCCUUGAAAAAAAUAUCAUCAGUCGCUAGUCAUCCUCUAACGUUGAAAUAAUAGCAAAAAAAAAAAAAUCGAUGCCAUUAAAGAAAACCAUAUAUAUAAGGUUUCUGUAUUUACUCUGAUUAGUUGUGCAUUACGAUGGGUUCUGAAGGCUUAAUUGUAUUGUGUAGUACAGAGGAUUUUCUCAACCAGUGAUGAACAGCCUUGGUGUCUUCGCUGUCAUCGUGAUCAGAUACUCACUUAUUUUCAUGUGGUAAUGGCUGUGAUGAUUUAUUGUUUCUAAUAAAUGUGUAAUGAGAGAAAAAACAUUGUGGCUUUCAGAGUUCAGUUAAGUUAAUAAUUUACAAUUUACAGAAGUCUGCUUUUGUUUUUAUUAUGAUGUAAGUGUGAUAGUACAUGUAGCCAUUAGAACUUAGUGGAAAAUGAAAAGACAUGAUUAUUUUGAGCCAUUACUGUGAUUGGCAUUCUUGUAACCUGAAACACUUGACACCCUGUGCGGCAUUCCCAGAGAUUUUUUCUUCCAAUCGUAUGUGGUGUAACAUUCCUUGUGGGGAAAGGCAUUUGUGGUUUUCCCAAAUUACGAGGUCCGUUGGUUUAUUGCCAAUUAUAUGAAGCGUCACUACCUUGGGGGCCACAGCUAGUGACUCUCUACCUGGGAUUGACACCCGAAGGAAAAAAACCCGGCAUAACGUCGAUAUUUGGUAUUUCCCAUAGGUUGCAAAAAUCUCAUUUAGACUUGAACAAAAUGACCUUCAGUUUGUAUCUUGUAUAAAAGGAGAUGAGACUAUAAUAGUUUAGUGACCCUAACUUUUAUAUUGAAAUUUAAAGAAAGGAUGGAAACAUUUAUUUGUGGUCAACUGGUGUACCUAGGGUGGUCAGUAACACACAAGACAGCACAAGUAGGUUAUGACUCUCUCACUUUUCAUGCACAAGAUAGACAAUUAUGCAAGACCAACUAAAUAAAGGAACUAAUGUAUUGUCCUUGAAGAAAGUAGAAAAACCCCCCUGAUAUAUACAGUCCAGUAUUUAGCAUAAAACUGAUAUUUUGUGAGAGUGGCCGCUGGGUGUGCACAGUUAAGUGUCAGAAGCUAGACACCAAGAGAUUUAGUGUUUUUUUGUUUUUUUAAAGGAACCUAAAUAACUAAUUAUUGUUUUACCGUUUUAUAUAUUUCAGUAAAUCUGGGUCAGUGAACACAACGGCAGUGAGUGUGCAGUGAUAAUAAUUUGAUAGUGAAUAAAUGUUUAUGUAUAGCUCAAUUAGCAUUUAUAUUGCCGUGACAGUGACGCUGGGGUUGGGGAUGCCAGCGCUGAGGGUCGGUGUAUUACGUGUACAGUAUACGAAGAUGUGUUAUUCUUCCCACAAUGGUGCCUUACGUGUAUAUUACCAGUGGUACGUAUAUUAAUACUUGGCUAAAUCUGUGUACAGACAAUUUGUUUUCUAACCUUCAUACACUUUUGUCAAUACCAUUAUAUUCUUUUUUAUUA